AUGUUCCGCUUCACCAGGGCACCUCUACGCCCACUUUGGCAAAAUGCUUCAAGGGCUAGAUUCAAUUCUGAAAUCCACAGCAGGCUUUAUUUCAAUCGCAGCUAUGCCACUUACAAAGGCUUCAGGAACAGCUCACGAUCCAACUUCACCGUUCACGAUAUCAUAAGAAACAGAAACUUCCAAUACUUUGUGGGCGGCUGCGUGGCAUUCUAUUUAUACAAUCUUAACGAGGCUCCCUUCACACACAGAUACAGAUUCCUAUGGGUGCCUUACUGGAUGGAGAGGAAGAUCGGUGACUACUCUUACUCGCAGAUCAUCUCCCAAUUCGGUGGUCAGUUGUUGCCCUCUUCGGAUCCUCAGUACCACAAGAUCCGGAGUAUCAUGAACAGAUUACUUGCGUCGGCUAUAGACAAUACCGCUGAUCCCAAACAAGCUGCUCAUUUGAAGAGCUUGGAUUGGUCCAUCAGCAUUAUUCAAGUCCAAGACCCAAGAAAAGAGCCUCCGAACGCUUUCAUUUUGCCCAACGGCAAAAUCUUCAUUUUCUCUUCAAUUUUCCCCAUUUGCAAGAACGAAGAUGGUCUUGCCACCGUUCUAGCUCACGAACUUUCCCAUCAAUUGGCAAACCAUUCCUCAGAGCAACUCAGCAAGCAGCCGAUCUAUAUAGCUCUUUCAACCUUUUUAUACGCUGCUACUGGUAUUUCGUGGUUCAACGAUUUGUUAAUUGCCGGCUUGCUUCAGAUGCCAUCGUCUAGAGAGAUGGAGUCAGAGGCUGACCGCAUUGGAUGUGAGUUGAUGGCACGUUCCUGCUUCAAUAUCCACGAGGCAGUGCACUUUUGGGACAGAAUGGAGAAUUGGGAGAAGCAGGCUGCGCCAAUGGCUAGAGGCGGGAUGCUUCAGGAGUUCUUGUCCACACAUCCCAACACACAUAAGAGAGUGCAUGACAUUCAAAGCUGGAUGCCUGAGUUGGAGCAAAUCAGAGAAGCUUCGAACUGCUUCCAAUGGGGAAGAUUUGACGACUUCCAACGCAACUUCUUCGGCAAGGCCAGAUAA